CUUCUAGUAGUUAUAAUACAUUAAUGAAAAGUAUUUGUUUAAUAUUAAUUUUAUUACAAAAUUUAUCAAUAAAUACAAAAUGAGAAAAUCCAAUAAGGAUUUAUACAUAUAUACGGUACAGAAUUCUGGUCAGCACAUGUACGAAUAUACUGAGUAUUGGGUAAAUUUAUAUUACUCCGAUAUUCGUGUAAUAAAUACGUAUUUUGCAUAAUCUUGUUCACGAUGACCGCGUUAAGUGGUUUUAUGGAGUUUUUUCAAAAAGGAAAGACAUUCAGACCAAAAAAGCGAUUUGCCCAUGGAACAUUGCGAUAUUCUUUGCAUAAACAAGCACAAGCUUCAUUGAAUUCUGGAAUUAAUUUAAGAUCUGUUGUAAAAUUACCUCCUGGAGAGGACUUGAACGAUUGGAUUGCUGUGCAUGUGGUAGAUUUUUUUAAUAGAAUAAAUCUAAUAUAUGGUACUGUUUCUGAAUAUUGUGAUUCUGCAUCUUGUCCUACUAUGAGCGGUGGGGCUCGAUUUGAAUAUUUAUGGGCAGAUGGUGAAAAAUAUAAAAAACCUACUGCAUUACCAGCACCACAAUAUGUUAGUCUUCUCAUGGAUUGGAUAGAAGCACAAAUUAAUAAUGAAACUAUAUUUCCUGUUUCAACAGAUGUUCCAUUCCCAAAAACAUUUGUACCAUUGUGUAGAAAAAUUUUGACACGCUUGUUUAGGGUUUUUGUCCAUGUUUACAUACAUCAUUUUGAUCGUAUUGUUGCCAUAGGAGCAGAGGCACAUGUAAAUACAUGUUACAAACAUUUUUACUAUUUUGUAACAGAAUUUGAAUUAGUAAAUACAAAAGAAUUGGAACCAUUGGCUGAAAUGACUUCUAAGGUUUGUAAGGAUACUGCAUCACCAACACAAACCACAGCACCAUCAAAUAAUGCUAGAUAGUGGUUAAACUUGUUAAAGGCAUAAUAAUGAAAUCGAAAUUAGUUAAAGUAAAUCCUCUUUUAAUAAAUUCAGUAAAAAUUGCAUUGGAAACUUCAUUACAUAUAGUGCUUACAUCUUUCCAUUAUUGCACUAAUCGUAAAAAUAAUUUUCCCGUUUAGGGAUGAAUUAUUAAUGUAAGUAUAUCUCUUUCUAGUUAAUCGUAUUAUACAGGAAAUAAAUUGUGCAUUUAUUUCUGUGUGCAUUAACAUCAUUGAAUUGAUGUAAUUAAAAACUUAAGGAUUAAUAUAUUACGAUUCUUUCGAAAAUUGUAUAUGUUUUACAAUAUCCACAUUUUUAUGAAUGUAUAGUAAAAAGUAAUCAAUAAUUAUGUUUUGUAUGUAGAUAUCUCGAAAUAAUUUUCUAUAUUCUUUCUUAAAAUUACAUAUUAGUAGUUACAUUUACCAUUACACACUCUCAAUCGAAGUAGGCUUCCUUAGAGAAAAUGGCGUUAACAUAGAUAUCAAUUCAAACUCUCCCGCGGAAUCGUCCAUAUUCAGGUGGUGGGGGUGGACAGACCUAUAUGUAUAAAUAGCGGCGCCUCCCAAGCAUCACCAUUUCUCUCGGGAACACCGAUGAGGUGAGAAGUACGCUACGGGGAAUCGUCACAUUCCCCGAGGAAGUCUACUAUACUCGGUUUUGUACAUUAUAUGUCAUGAAAAAAUGAUGCAUUGUUUAUAGAAUCAUUUCAUAAAAAUUCAUAAUUGUAUAAAUAAUUUUUUACUAUUCAAAUGCUUAUGUAAUGUCAUUUGUAUGAGAUGUAACAAUACAACGAGAUAAAUAGAAUACCACUAACUAUUCAACAAGUACAAAGUAAUAAGCCCGUUAUAAAAAAUUAUUUAUUAUUCGCAAUUAAUAAAUAAUUUGAAAUAAAUGAAUACCAAAGAAA